UACCUUAUUCAUUUAUUUAUUUGACGUUGAUCUCUACGUUUGCUCGACGCACAACAAUCCACAUACUAUUAUUAUUAUUUUCAGUACAAUAUAUAACUACGUACGAAUCCUACUAAAAACCAAAAUGAAGACAUCUUUAGUAAUUUCAAUUGCGUUGUUCGCAUUUUUUACAUCAGAAAUAAGCUGUUCAGACUAUUGCGUUGAAUUCAAUGAGAGAUGCCUUGAGAACACCGAUUGUUGUUCUGGUAAUUGCUAUUUUUCAGGCAAUCCAAACAACAGAUACUGCAUGGAACCCAAUAGUACAGCGCCUGAGUAUAAAAUUGAAAACGGUACGUGUUUAUAUAAAAAUUCGUCGUACAACAAAAAUGCCAGCGAUACGGCAUACGACACGUUUGGAGUUCACGCAGCCCACGCUAUGUUGCCACCUUUUACAAAAAUCCAACUAACAUACAAUAACAAGACCAUAGAUGUCACAAUAAAUGGCUUUACAAACAAAACUAAUGGAACCCUUUUGGAUUUAUCCAGAGAAGCGGCGGAUAUAUUAGGCAUUAAAGAAGGAGAGUUAGUUCCUUGUUCCCUAGGUGUAUAUGGACCCGAACCAAAUUAUUCUCAAAUUAAAAAAUUAAUUGGGCUUACAGCAUCGUUCUUUACAGUUAUAUUAGUCGUAAUGUAUAUAUUGUAAAAUAGCUACUAUAGAGUACGAUAGAGUUUACACGUUUAUCUCGUACGAUAAAUGUGUCUAUAGUAUUAUUGUUACAUUAAUUUUAUUUUUAAAUAUCCAAUUAAUUUUAGCUAUUAAAACUGUUUGUAAUAAGUCAGAAGUAUAUUAUUAUUAAUUAUUUCAACAUUCUGAUAUUGUAAUUCUUUUCACUUGUACGUGUACAUAUAUUAUAUAUAUUAGAAUUAAAUCAGAAAAUACAUUUCGUUUAUUUUAUAAACAAAAUACUACACAGAUUGAUCGCGGAAAUCGCCUCAUACAUAACAUAUAAACCCAUAGCACAUAGCACAUACGACAUAUAAUAUUGAAUAUAUUAAAAUAAAAUAGCAAUUGAACUUU